UGGUCUUGCUCCAGAGCUUAGCGCCUUUAACAAAGACGUCACCGCCCUAAGCCUAGGAGCUUAUGAUUUUGUUAACCUUUGUAGCGCAUAGCGCCUAGCUAUGCAUUCUUAGGUAGCCCUGCAGCUGUUGCUACCUUCAAGUGCGAAGCUUAAAUACCUGGUGGCCAGCAUUUAUCGUGAAGAUGCCUGUCGAAGUCGCUGGCACAAUCAGCACCUUCGGGCAUCAGCCUUUGUCUACCAAACCUACCGAGCCACGUACUAGGAUUGGUACAUCAUCUCGGACGGACAAGCUGACUGGUGGACAGUUCGUGUUGAAACUCCUUGGCGGCACAUCGAAAGGGGUAACAACUGAGGUUUCGAGCGGGUUCGGACUACAACCAAGCUCUCGAGCACAGUCAGCGCCAUCGUACCGAUUUGGCAGCCGCUUUAAGCUUGACCAUGAAGCUGGCGAGUCAAAGCAAGGGCUUGGGGAACACACACGCGCUGUACCACGCUACGGCAACCCUGGGCCGGGCGCCUACGCCGCACCACGGCUAGCGGCGGACUCUGUGGGGAAGCAAACUUUGUCCAUCAACCCAACGGCGCCUUACACGCGGGUGGGGACGGAGAUUAGGUUUGGGCAAUUCAAGGACAACUUCGCAACUCCGUCGCCCGGCGCAUGGAGGCCCACAUCCGGCUGGCUUGGCGACGCCCCCACGUACUCCUUCCACGGCCUGGGCCGCCGCGCAGACGUCGCGAAGGGCCUGCCGGGCAACCACUCGACAGCGCUCGAGGACCCGGGCCCAGGGACGUACGAGGCGCCAUCAUCGCUGUUUGCGCAAGCCUCCUCCCUGAAGCCCACGGCUGCACGCGCACGCGUGGGCACAGCCGACCGCGAGCACCAGCGUCGCGUGUUUGUGUCCAAGGGGCACGAGCGGGAGUCCAUCGGCGCGCACUCUCCCAGCCCUGCGGUUUACAGCCCUAACCAACUCGCCAGCUCGAAAGUGCGGGGCACGAGCAGCUGGAAGUUUGGCAGCGGUGACCGCUUCUCUGAGAUCAGGUCGUCUAACGGCAAGAACCUGAAGAUUCUGACGCCGGGCCCCGGCUCAUACGUGGUGUGAGCAGUCUAGGUGUGCUGCUGCAGGAGCAGGACAACACGCCCCGGAGGCCGGGUUGCUAGCGGCGGCAAGCUUCUGCUGACUGCUGAUUCGAAUUGCUAUGCCAGCUGGCCGGAUGUAAGUGUGUGUCUCAUACGCAGGGGGAGCACUCUUUGCAGGUUUGCACAGGGCUUUUGAGUGAGUCCGAAAUGUGUGAACCUAAUAUUGGGUUGUCUUUGCGGUAAUUUUUUUACCGCUGGCGUUCCUGCAACCGUGUCAUGUUAGUGUUGUUGAGCGCAUUCCAAUAAAGCCGGGUUUGUGACGCCGUCUGCGGGUUUGCGCUAAAGCCUAGUACAUGCAGUGGUUUACUGUGGUAGAGCCCAGACUCUGGAUAGCGCAUGGAGGGGCCUUGCAGGGCCAGUGCUAUCGGCUGGAAUCGUGGCAUGGAUGGUUUUGGAUUGGUAUGUGCCAUGAUGCCCCUUGAUAGCUUGUGAGACGAAAAAUGACGAAGACAGCUUUCAUGUGUGACGACGUGACAAAUGGUUCCUUUCUUACUAAUUGACGCUGAGUUGACGGAACGUGCCUUGGGUAAAGGGCACAUGUGUCGCUUGUAAUGAGGGGAGGCAUCGUAGGCUGCGCAAAUAGAGGAAACCCUCGUGUUUGUUGUUGCGGCCCUGACUACUGACUCCCAAAAAGCUUGGGGUUAAAGGCCAACAACGUUAGUGCCAUCCUAACUGGAAACAACCAGGAUCAGGUGCUUUCAGUACUGGAACCUAUGCACAACCUCAGCAAGAAAGCACGUUUUGGGUAUGGAAUCCCGUUGUCGUGUUCCUGAAUGUGCCUGACAUCAAGUGCUUGUGUGGAGGAUGGUUGCGGUAUUAAAGUCGUUUGUGUAGUGAUACAAUGAUUCCAUUGGCAGGUGUGUGGUAUUGCAUCUGUGUAGGGCAUGUUGAUUGUGUUAAAGGCCUUCCCGUGUGCCCUACCCAGGGGGCCUGGCAUCGCGCACGACGCAUGUACAACAGACGCUGAUAGGGCUCAUGUCGCCACUGAUACUCAGCCACCAUAUGUUCAAUACCGCCGCAGCCCGACUUUGACGUGUGAUGUGGCUUCCCUUUUUUGGUUUGUACACCCUAUGACCAUGACUGUAGGGGCACAGUGUACUGUAAACUGUUUUUGACAA